GACUGAGCAGCGUUCUCUCCACAGACACACUCACACACAGUGUGUGCCUAAGCAAAGAAACGCUCCUGCGCCAAGUCACUCGCACUGCUCACGUCGGAGCGACUCAGACGCGGCUUCUGCUUCUGUUUCCACCAGAGACAAGGAAUUCACCACUAACACCCGGGAAAACACGCCGCGUGGUGCGCGACAUGGACUGUGUCGUCCUGUGGAAUGAUCCGGCGAUGCCACAGUGAAUGGAACUCAACUCUGACAUUUGUUUGUUUGUUUUUGGGGUGAGAUGCACAGCGGAGAGUCCUGCGCGAGGAUUACAGCCUGAGCGCGAGAGAAAUGCUCGUUUUUCAAUGAGCUGGAGUUGCCUCUGACUGCAGCGUCUUUCCCUCCAAGUUUUCCUCCUUCUUCUUCUUCUUCUAAUUCUUUUUGAACAUUUUCUUUAGGGUGCGUUAUUCAGCUGCUGGAAUACCACGGGGAGACCGAGCGCGCGCACACUCAGCCCUCAGCGCGUGGAUUGUGUUCGCUGGGACUCUGGUCAAACCUGAGCGCGUCAGGCGUCGUUAAGCCACGUUUAUAAAACCCGUACGUAAAAAUAACAUUGGCCAAGGCGGCUCUCAUUGCCGGGCGCGUGACAUUUCAAACUUGGUGAGAUACUCUGUUGUGCGCCCUGCGCUUUCUCUCUCGCCCUCGCUCUCUCUUUUGGGGGGUGGGGGGGACGCUGUGGAUCUAUUCUGCCUCUUUAGAAAACACUUCAUUCCAUGCAGCUCUCGCCUUGGCCGCUGUCAUCCAGUAUAGACAAUUUGUCGUGGCUUGGAGUCCCUGGGGUAACCAUGACAACCGAGAGAAACCCUCAGUGAAUUCAGGGGAGCGGGUGAGGCCGAAGAGAGAGUGACUGGAGUUUUUUUUUUUUCUCUCCCCCAUUUGUUCUGUGCGCCUUAGACUGAAGAGCAGUGCCACUGUUUGCGCACCAGAACCUGAAGGAGCUCUCACAGCAAAGCACGCCGCGCCAUGUCAUUCAAACCCGAGGUGGUCUAUUAAAAGUGUUGCCUCGCUCAUGACUGAACCUCUACUAUUUAUGCAGGUCCGGGUUCGACAUUACAGAGAAUACAGUAACCGGGGAAGAAGUAUUUACGCGAGUAAAUAAAAAGUGCCGGUGCGUAAAAAAACAACAAACAAACAAACAAACAAACAAAAACAACACAGGAAUAAUGGCCCUCUCACAAACUCUACUCGUGUACGUGCUGGUGUGUGUUCACCUUGGACUUUCCCAACAUUAUUUUCUCCUCCGUCCAAAGCCCAGUCGUGAACUCCCUGUUCCCGACCUGAAGGAGGACCCGGACCCGGAGAACGACCCCCGGGAGCAGGACUUGGACGAGAGGACUCUGAGGAAAAAGCUUGGCAGUAACUUUGACCCCAACUUCAUGUCCAUCAGUUCGCCCAUGCUGGUGAAUGUGUCUGCGCCAGACAGCCAGGUGAAGCUGCAGGGACCCAUGCCCAACGAGAUUAAAAAACUGGACCUCACAGAGACGCCGUAUGGAAGGCGGGUCAAAGUGGGCAAGAAAGCGCGCAGAAAAUUCCUCCAGUGGCUGUGGACGUACACGCACUGCCCGGUGGUGUACACCUGGAAGGAUUUGGGCGUGAGAUUUUGGCCGCGUUACCUCAAGGAGGGGAACUGCUUCUCUGAGCGCUCGUGCUCGUUCCCUGAGGGCAUGUCCUGCAAACCCGUCAAGUCAAUCAACAAGAUUUUCCUGCGGUGGUACUGUCAGGGCUUUGUAAGACCGAAACACUGUUUGUGGAUACAGGUGCAAUACCCAAUCAUCUCAGAGUGCAAGUGCUCGUGCUGAUUCUCUCCAUGGAAGGU